AGAGACGCCAACAACGCUAAACAACGCCAACGCUAGUUUUGAGUAAGCUUCGGAAAGCAAACCGUUUUAUUGUGCUGUGAAGUGCGAUUUUGCGCAGCAGCGUCAAGAAAAUUUACUUAACGGGAUAGAAGGAAACGCUGGUGUUAGCAUUUCGCAGUAUUCUGAGCGAUGUCCCAGUCUGACGAGACAGAUGUUUACGAGGUGGAGAAGAUACUGAAGCACCGGAUCCGUCGCCAAGGUAAAAAGAAGGUGGAAGAGUAUCUUAUAAGAUGGAAAAACUUCGGUCCGAGUGAAGACACCUGGGAACCUAGGCGAAACCUCGUCGGUUGUGAGGCACUCUUGAAAGAGUUUGAAGAAAACUUAGCCAAAGCAGAGGAGCUGCUGGAAAAUGAUGCAGAACCAAGGAAUGAAGAAGGGACAGAACUGAUGCCCACACCGCCGCCACAGAACUCACCUAGACACUUUGAAAGCGUUUUGGAGGCAUCUGCUAGCAAAACGUUGGAGGCAGCUGAGAUAAUCACUCGACGACGCCUGCAAAUUGACCAGUGGCAGAAAGAGACAAAUGGUAGCAAGAAAAAAACCAAAGCUGAACAAGUGACUCAACGCGAACUCGCAAGGCAUCAUCCUAUAUGGUGGUGUGUGGCCACCCUUUCUGGCCUUCUCGUGCUUUCCAUCAUUCUUUCCUUAUGCUAUAAUGGAGGUGAUGUGUCUGCCUUGAAGAGGAGCGUCUGGGAAGUGUGGACACUUAGUGAGGAUAUCCCCAAGGGCUCACUGUAAAAAAAAAAAAAAAAAGCAGCACUCACGGUUGCUUUAUGCGCGUCUCUAUUUUAUAGCGAUGCCUUUUGGGAUGCUAGUUGCCUUUUGCACCUCAUCAGUGUGCAUAGCAACGGUCUGCCUAAGUUAUUAGCAGGAUCAGCUGGCAAGACUAGCACAGAAUCUAGCAAAAGGCAUAGCUACAAUACAGGUUGUCUAAGGAAAUGUGUCCGAUAAUUCUCAAAACGGGGGAACUGUGAUAUUUGCUCGCCAUCUUCGGCAUUACUUUUUGUGUGGCAGCAGACACGUUAACCUUAAGAUGACCUAAGAGAGCCGCCGCUGUGGUACAGGAAUUAUGGUGCCCAGUGGCCAACCCGAAAGUCCCUGGUUCAAUCCCGGUACUUCGAUUUAGGUUUAGGAGGUGUACGUUAAAGAACCUUAGGCAGUCAAAAUUUCCAGAGCCUUUCACUCUGGCAUGUCUCGUAAUCAUAUCGUGGUAAUGUCAUGUAAAAGCCUAGAAAUUAAUAUUAAUUAGCGCAGUAAUUAUAUAAACUAUGUUAAUUAAAUUCUUAAUUAGAUGAAACAGGUGCUGGGGUGAAAUGAGACAAUUGGAAGUCCUUCCUGCAAAAGGCCAAUUGCCGCUAUAAGAGUUCCGAAAAGCUCCCGCUGAUAAUUUUUGCAGAAUGAUAAAAUCUGAUCAAUUUCACCAGAGAAAACUUAAUGCCAAAAAGUGCACCUUUCAUACUCUUCCGAGACGUCUAAAAUGUGCAAGCAUCAUUAUAUCAACCGUUAAUCUACUUCGCUUGGUGGGUCUGCAAGCUGCUCUUGCAAUGCAAGCACAUGUAGCUCACAUAUGUUUACGAAUGCAGAACUUAUACCACUGCAAUCGUUGUCAAAAACAGUGCCGUCAUUCUGUGCAUUUGCUACGGUAUGGAAUUUGCGCUCUUCGGUGCUUCGGUAUCGCCGGUGAAUUUGGUCGAAUUUCAUUACUCUACAAGAAUUACCAGCAGUCACAUUUUGGGAGUCUCAGUGGUGAUGGGCUCUCCGCAGUAAGGACUUCUGUUCUCCCAUUUCAUUCAACCACCUGUCUCCACUAAUUAAAAAGUUAUUUAUUUUAUUUCUCUAAUUAAUGUCUCUAGCUGUCUUAAGAUGUGUGCCGCCACAGAACAAGUAAUUAAGGCAACGAGCAAAUAUCGCAUUUUCCUUUUUUUUAGGGCUUUUGAACACAUUUCUUGAAACAUCUGGUAUAGCACCAAGCUUGCCAUACAUUCUUCCUGAAUUCAUUGCAAUAUCACACCCCAUCUUUUUUGACAUGAUCUAAUCAUGGCUUGCAAGUGUUCUAGGCUUGCGUGAACGUAACUUUUGUUUCAAAGUGUGUAGUAAUUAGUGUCGAAUAAUUCCAAAACCAAUUUGAAUCGGAGUAGGGUUUGCAUGAAAUUGUGACACAAGUGCCAGGUUUUGUCCAAUCUGAAAAAGAAAAUUGGCUAUCGCCAAAAAGAAAACAGGCUCAUCUCUGGACUUUGUUUAUUUUCAAAGCUCUGUUAUUUAGAUAUUGAUGUGUAAAAAGGGAAGUUCAUCAUUUCUUACAACUACAGCAGCUCAUGAAAUUUAUUUCAGGCUCUUUGUUACUUUUGGGGUUAAGUAUAAUAUAUGCUUCAAAUUCAUUGUUGGCAUGUAGUGUGUCGUCACAAUGGUGUAAAAUGAAACCUUGAGUGCAAGUGGUUUAUGCUGUGUUGGGCUGUGCUUUCAGUCUACACUGCAGCAAAACCUAUUCAUCCACCACUGUUUCUCAUUUCUGUUAUCCUCUUCAUUCCUUUGCUUCUUUUGUAGUUGUGCUAAUUCAUGAAAACAUUACACGACAACAGUCUCAAACUGUCACACUUUAUUAAACCCAUUCUGCCCUGUAAGUGCACAGACAAAGCUGGUAGGCCUGCUCACCACCUUUGCAGUCCUGCUUGCGUGAUCUCGGUCCCAAUUAUCUAUAAGCAGCACACAUCCCUCAGCAAUCUGCCAUCUAUUGCUGCACCUAUCCAUUAGGCCUGUCAAACCUAACUUAAUGCCGCUUCACUGCGUGUUUACCACCAAAGUUAUGGUUUAGGGCUGUAUAGCGUUUUCCUCAUGGCUGUAGUUUUUAACGAUGUCGUGCACGGAUAUGUCAGAAGAUUCGAGGUUGGCACAGUGUUUGAAAAACUGUGUGCUGUUACUUUCACGAGAGGUGUGUGCAAAUUAUACAUAGUAAAAUAUGUUGUGUUUUAUAAUUUACCAUACAUAGCCUGUAUAAAAAUUUGAACUAUACUUCAUUGAGGCACAGGUAAAGUGCACACUCUUCAAGGAGGAGUGUGUAUGUCAGCUGCGCCACAUUGUUUCCACCUGAAAAGGUGGUUUCACAUCACAGUUCUCACUGGUCACCGGAAAAGCACCUUUUCAGGCUGGUUACACUGAAAAUAGCGUGUAUUUAUUUCGUUUUGAAUACUUUGAACUUUUGGCGAUUUUAAAUUCAGGCUGGAAGUGUAUUCGAAUACUGUAAUAUUAAUUCAAAUAUUCAAAGAGCUCGAACGUUCGCGCAAGCCUUUUUAGGGGUAAGAGGCUAUGCCACUACAUUGUGAUGAUGAUGAUGGCACACAUUUUUGUUAAUUUACAGGGUGAUUCACUAUUGGGAGAACAUACUAUUAUUAUUUGAGAAACUUCAACAUUUUCUUGUGUGAGUCAAGUGUCCCAUAAGGCACUCUCACGUGGUUAUGUUUUAAUAAUUUCUUGCCAAGGUUAAACUGGCAUGAGAUAUUAGUAUAAAGUGUUUCCCCAUGAGUGGGUAACCCUGUUCCUCAUAAAUUUAUUUACUGUUGUUUUUACUCCUUUUUACUUAUGUUUACCUGUUUACUUCUGUUUACCUUUAAGAAGCAAUUUGGGCUACUUAAUUAUUCCCAAAUUUUUAAUUGUUUCUCUGGGAUCCUUUGUUUUUUCUUGUUUUACUUGCAUAUACCCAUGAAUGUAGGGCCAUUGUUAUUACUAUCACCUCAUAGCUGCACAAGAGAAAUUCGGCCUUGUUUGUAAGACAUCAAGCGAUAUUUAGCGCAAAGUAACUCGAGGACGAGAAAGGAGGACACGCAUGUGUUGUGUCCUCCCUUCUCGUACUCGUGUUACUUUGCGCUAAAUAUCUCUUCACCUCAUAGCUUUCGUGUUUCCAGACCAUGACAGAGCAAUAGGGGAUUUCAGUAAGCCGUUUAGUGGACCAAGUGACAAGGCUUUUGCCAUUAGUAAUUGUGUUGUAUGUCCUACAUUCAUAUAAGCAUGUGCACAAAACUUAUACACCUAUUACCUUGUUCCUGUGUACUUGCAGUGUAACAACGUUAAGCAAUCGAACAAUUAUUUUACAUUUUUGGCUGUUCGGUUUAAAUGCACUAGAGCCUCAUUUAUGCUUCUUGAGAAAAGGAAGCAUUAGAUAAAACAUACUAUAUACGAAAAUGUACAAUCUGCAGUUGGUGUGUAAAAAUACUGGAGUUUCAUCCAAAAAGUGAUCCAUUGAUAGAGAUAGCAAAGUAUUGGACUGCUACAUGCAAAUCGCUGCAAAUCAUUUGCUGACCUUCGCCUGUGCUGUUCUAUCACGCCAGCAUUGUGACAGCAAGUGUUCAUAGUCAAGUAAGAUCUGUUCAUGUUUGCCUGUGCUCACAUGAUGCCGUGCAUGUUUAUCUUUUUGUUAAGCUGAUUUUGCUGCAGUGUAUACAACUGAAAAAAUUUUGAACCUUUCGUCGUGUAGUUCUCUAAUGCAUUGAUAUCGCUAUCAGUAUUUUGCCUUUCAACUGAAACUGUGAACAGUUUUAUUCGUAUGGGGAUCCAGCAAAUGUGUCAUACAUCCGCAGUUUGGCAACGUACUCAACAUUUGUGCCAAAAGAUUGUGCUAUCCAGAAACACACGAGCUCAUAAAAAAAGAAUUCUUGCUGUAUUUGUUCUUUUUUUUUGUCAUAUAGUGGGAACGUAUUAGUGAGGCUCAUCUGUACAUAAUCUGUUAUAUAACAGGCCAUGCUUGUUUUUUUUUUUAUUUUGCAUGAUUUUGUUGUUACUUCGAACCUCUGCUUCAGAGUUAUGGCGACCUUAUUUUGCCAUUUGAGUUUUUGGCCUGUUAGUGUUGUCUGUACGUGUACAUAAUGCAGUUUUGAUUUUCCUUAGUGAUGAUGAACUGCUGAUGCACUUGAAGAACCAAAGCUUAUCCCUAUUCUUAUGUAGAUGGGCACCGGAAUUUUAGUAAAAGGGCUCACAUUGAGGGCUGCCCAAACAAAUAUUUCACAUUGGUAGACUGUCACUGAAACUGACAAAAGAAGCAUCCAUGAGACCCAACAAUCUCGCCAUCUACACAUUUUGUCAUGGCUUCACUAGGAAAUGUCUAUGAUAAACGUGAUUGACUUUCUUCCUCCAGACCGUUGUAUAAUCUGCAAAUACUCUAAGGUGAAAUAACUUUAUGCACUACUGUUAUGCUCAGCCUUGCUCACUCCCUUUUUAUAAUUUCAUUGUUCAGUUCCUUAAAAGGGCCCGGAACAGUGAUUAAGCUAUAUUGUGACACAAGUAAAAACGCUGAAAACAAAGUAUAAUUUUAUUUGAACGGAAAAACUGGCUUCUGCCUUGAUGGCAGAGACACUCAACAGUGAUUUUCGGCCCCAGAAGUGAUGUCUGGUCGUGUGACAUUGACGCCAGAGGCUGUGCCUUCUGAUUGGCUUGCCACACUAAGUCACACUGAACAUUCGAGCUCUUAGCUAGGCCACACUAUUACAUGGUAAAAAAUAAUACUUUUUUAUGCUUUACCAAUUACAAACAGAUUUCUGUUCUUAAAUAUCAUAUUUUGAAAACAAUGGCAACACAACACUAGGUGCACUGUGCAACAGUUUGCAAAGGCCACCAUGAGACGAGGCUUUCGGUAUAUAUCUAUAUAUGGCGAUUGCAGGGGAGGAAGAGGCACUUAUUUCUGCAGCCCAUCUGGGGC